CACGUUUUUGCUCACCACUGACCUUCUUCGACCUAUUUUGUGAUUCCCUUCUACAACCUAAGUAACUGAAGUUAUUGAUCCUGUGUUAAACAAAACUCACCAUGGGAGGUUACAAAUAUGCCGCUGAUGUCGACUCCAUAACCAAAGCGCAAGAUGUAAUCAAGGCCCAUAUUCACGUAACUCCGGUCUUGUCUUCAGAGUCCCUAAAUUCCAUUGCUGGGAAAUCACUAUAUUUCAAGUGUGAAUGCUUUCAAAAGAGUGGAGCUUUUAAAUUCAGAGGUGCAUUAAACGCUGUCUUGUCUCUUGACGAAGAAGAAGCAGCAAAAGGAGUUGUAACACACAGCAGUGGCAACCAUGCUGCGGCAUUAUCGUUGGCUGCACAAAUUCGUGGAAUCCCCGCAUAUGUCGUGGUGCCAAAGAACGCACCAAAAUGCAAAGUAGAGAAUGUCAAACGUUACGGGGGUCAGGUUAUAUUUAGUGAGUCAAACAUGAAAUCUAGAGAAGAGACAGCAAUAAAGGUAUCACUCGAGAGGGGAGCUGUUCUCAUUCCUUCUUCUAAUGAUGCUCGUAUAAUAAGUGGUCAGGGUACAUUAGCACUCGAGUUUCUUGAGCAGGUCCCAGAGCUUGAUACCCUGAUAGUUCCAAUAAGUGGUGGUGGUUUAACAUCUGGUACGGUGAUUGGAGCCAAGGCAAAGAAUCCUGCCAUACGGGUCUUUGCGGCUGAGCCAAAAGGAGCAGACGAUGCAGCACAAUCCAAAGCAUGCGGUAGACUCAUAACCUUGAGUCAAACAAACACAAUUGCUGAUGGACUUCGAGCUUCCCUUGGAGAUCUUACUUGGCCCAUUGUACGGGAUCUCGUUGAUGCCGUUAUAACCGUGGAAGAUAAGGACAUUGUUGAAGCAACUCGAUAUUGUUAUCAGAUACUCAAGGUUGCAAUUGAGCCCAGUGCUGCUAUAGGGCUUGCUGCGGUUCUAUCCGAUAACUUCAAGAAAAAUCCUAUUUUGAGUUGUUCUCGAAACAUUGGGAUUGUGCUUUCUGGGGGCAAUGCGGACCUGGGCGUUCUGUUUGAAUCCUGGAAAAAUUGACGACUUGUGAACCUUAUUUAAAUAACUCUGGAGGGUAAUUGUGAAACCUCUUUUGUUUGUUACUUGAAACUUGAAAGACCUUUAAGCAAUUAAAAGC